GCUCUGCAGAAGCUGGCCAGUCAGUACCUGAAGAGGGAUUGGCCAGGCAUCAAACCUGACGACCAACGCACAGACUACAGGAAUGUGUAUGCUGUGUGGCGGUCCUAUCUGGAGGGGACAGUACAGGUGACUCAGUCUCGCAUCAACGUGUGUGACAACUACAAGAAUGAGAUCUCAGACCCUGCUAAAACUGUACGGCUAUACAAGGAACAGCAGCUCAAAAAGAGUAUAGAACAGUUGAAUCGUAUCCAGGUGGAGCUGCAGGACUCUGUGAAGGACCUGGCCAAAGCCAAGAAGAAAUACUACGACUCAGAACAGGUGGCUCAGGCCGUUCGAGAGAAGGCUGACAUCGAGGCCAAGUCGAAGCUGGGUCUGUUUCAGUCCAGGAUUAGUUUACAGAAAGCCAACGUUAAGUUGAAAGCCAAGAGGAGUGACUGUAACUCUAAAGCAACCCAUGCCAGGAAUGACUACCUGUUAACCCUGGCAGCAGCCAACGCUCAUCACGACCGCUACUACCACACAGACCUGCUGCACUGUAUACAG